AAAGAAUUCUAUUUCUAUCUUAUGUCUGCCCCUACACAAGAAAGAUUUUUUUAUAAAUUUGUCUUUACUUAUGAUUCCAAAAGUUUUAGCAUAGAGAUGACAAAAAGUGGAAAAAGAUCUUUACUUAAAUAUAUCCUGUUUCAUUUCUUUUCUUUUCUUUUUUACUAGUUGCAAAAUUAUUAAACUAAAAAUGCCAACAUUCUGCCAAAAGGAAUCAAUCUUGAAAAUGUUUGAUUUUUCAACCUUUCAGUUUUAGCCAUUUUUGCUUUGUGAAGGCAAAGUUGAGGAGGGAAAAUGGAUAUUCAAGAAAGGGAAAUAGAUAUUGAGUGUCCACUAAUAUCAAAGUCAAGAAAUGAGGAAUCUAAGAACAAGAGAAAAUGUGAUGAGUUUUUAGAAGAAGUGAAGAAGUUGUUGGGAUUAGCAGGGCCUUUAAUGUCAGUAAAUCUUCUGCUAUAUUGUUUACAGGUUAUUUCUGUAAUGUUUGUUGGUCAUCUUGGAGAAUUAGCUCUUUCUGGUGCUUCUAUGGCUACUUCUUUUGCCACUGUCACUGGUUUCAGCUUGUUGAUGGGAAUGGGAAGUGCAUUGGACACAAUCUGCGGGCAAGCAUAUGGUGCAAAGCAAUAUCAUAUGCUUGGUAUUUAUAUGCAAAGGGCAAUGAUUGUUCUUCUUUUAGUUAGUAUUCCUCUAGCCUAUAUUUGGGCAAAUGCAAGACAUAUUCUUGUAAUCUUGGGACAAACUCCGGAAAUAGCAGCCGAAGCAGGAAAUUAUGCACGUUUCAUGAUACCGAGCCUCUUUGCCUAUGGACUACUACAAUGUCAGAUUAGGUUUCUACAAGCACAAAACAAUGUCCUCCCAAUGAUGUUAACUGCAGGAGUCACUACUUUGCUGCAUUUAUUCAGUUGUUGGAUUCUCGUCCUCAAAACCGGCCUUGGCAAUAAAGGCGCUGCUCUGGCUAAUGCUGCAUCGUACUGGAUUAACGUGUUCUUGCUAGCUGCAUAUAUUAUGAUAUCGCCUUCUUGCAAAAGUACUUGGACGGGAUUUUCAACCAAAGCAUUUUCUGAUAUCCCGAGAUAUCUUAGACUUGCAAUUCCUUCAGCCAUUAUGCUUUGCUUAGAGAGUUGGUCAUUUGAAAUGAUGGUUCUGUUAUCUGGUCUUCUUCCUAAUCCAAAACUAGAAACGUCGGUUCUUUCCAUCAGCCUUAAUACAUCUAGUAUGAUAUAUAUGUUGCCUUUUGGACUAAGUGGUGCCACAAGCAUAAGAGUUUCCAAUGAAUUAGGCGGUGGACGACCAAAAGCAGCUCGUGUAGCAGCGUAUACUGCACUAUUUUUAGCUAGUACAGAAGGAAUUUUAUUAGCAAUAUUCAUCAUUUCGGUUCGUAAAUCAUGGGGCCGUUGUUAUAGCAAUGAAGAAGAAGUAGUAACGUAUGUAGCGGAAAUGUUAAUGUUUAUAGCAGGAUCACACUUCAUAGAUGCAAAUCAAUCUGUACUUUCAGGUAUUGCUAGAGGAUGUGGUUGGCAAAAAAUAGGUGCAAUUGUCAAUUUGGGAGCUUAUUAUUUGUGGGGAAUUCCUGCUGGUAUUUUAUUAGCUUUUGUAUACCAUGUUGGAGGAAAGGGACUUUGGUUGGGACUUACUCUAUCCCUUUUGGCUCAAGCCCUGAUUUAUUUAGUAGUUACUCUGAGAACAAAUUGGGACAAAGAGGCAAAGAAAGCAGCUGAUAGAGUGACUCCAGAGCUAGCAUAGAAGAAAAUGGUAAAAGAAGAAUGACAUAAGGCAAGAAGCUCACAAGUUCAGGGUUAGCAAAUUAUGAUGACAAAUAUAAGUAAGCAAAUAAUGUGAAUAUUGAUUUGCAUUUGUUUUUGAACUAGUUUCGCGUUUAGUUUCUAGAAGAAAAAAAAAAGAUUUACUAAAGCCCUGUAGCAUUAUUUUCUUUGAUUUCCAUACAGUGGAAGUGAUAAACUAAAAAACAACAACGACAAAAAACCCAGUGUAAUCUCACAAGUGGAGUCUGGGGAGAGUAAUGUAUAGGCAGACCUUAACCCUAUCUUGUGAAGGUAGAAAGGGUGUUUCCGAUAGACCCUCGGCUCAAGGAAAAUGAUAGACUAAGAAGUGAGUAAAUAUUAUUGUUGCUACUAUGCAUAUUUCUGAAGAAACAUGAAAACUAUAGAAAAACAUGCCAGUGGAAGAAAAAUAAGCAGGGGUUGAAAUGUAUUUUGCCCCGAGAGUGAUGCCGACCUCAACUUGUUUGGGAUUGAGGCGUAGCAAGUGUUGUUAUUGUAGUGAAUGUCGGUUUCGCUCAAUAACAUCAAUGUUCACCUCAGAAGUUUGGAGAAAUACAUGGAUAGACAUUCAAACUUACCAAUUAUCAAGUAGAUAUUUUAACUAUCCCACCAGAGGCAGGGUAGUGUUUUAGUUACAAGCUUAUCCAAACUCAUAGGCUUUAGCUCGGAUUUGUAUAAUAGAUUGUGAAUCCUAUAAACUCAAAUGAGUUGUAGUAGAAUUCUGAACUCAAAUCCGUAAUGUUCAAAUCUUGAUCAAUGCACAUCUAUAGACCAGUGACCAUAUAAACACCUCUCGAAAGUCUGCCUCGUGCAAAAAUCUGACUUGGCGACGCCCUUGUAAUGCGUCCACUUAAUAGUUAACAAUUGGCGCCCUCUCAAUCGCCUAAACUAAAGAUCAAACUCGCGUAUAGUGGAUGUCUGAGCCCGAGACAACUUACUGUCUGAGAAGUUUUUAGAGCAACUCAAUUUGUGUUCAUAUAAGCUUUGCACAAACUCAUAUUAAUAUUAGGAACACAAGAAAUGGAAGGAAUUUUGUUUUGGCAAAGAACAAACACAAAACCAGUCCUUCCUAAA